AUACCAAACCGAAAAAUUUCAAAUUUGUAGUGAAAAUUCGAAGUCAAGAGCACUUGGAAGUUAUACAAGAAGGAGGCUCGAGCAGAGCUGGGCUAAUGGAAGUUGAUGAAGACGAAGAAGAAGAAGAAGAAAACGAAACCUCGGUGGUUUCAUCCGGAGCAGUCAACGACGUAACUACGAGUAGAAUGAGAGCAGCGAGACCAGCUCCGCUCGAAGUUCUUGAUCGAGUCAAGAUCAACAACACAAAAGAGACGCCUCGUUCAACCAUUAAAGGAGUUCUCAAAGUACCGAAUCACACUGAGUUAAAAUUCAGCAGAGAGAAUCUGAUGAAAGUCGAAGAGAGUCUCAAACGUGCUUUCAUUGAGUUUUAUCAUAAGCUUCGCCUUCUCAAAAGCUAUAGUUUUUUGAAUGUAUUGGCGUUUUCGAAGAUAUUGAAGAAGUAUGAUAAGAUAACGUCGAGAGGUGCAACGAGGACUUACAUGAAAGUGGUUGAUAGUUCAACCUUGGGAAGCUCUGAUGAGGUUAUGAGACUCAUGGAGCGUGUUGAAGCAACAUUUAUAAAGCAUUUUGCUAAUGCUAAUCGAGCUAAAGCAAUGAACAUUCUACGACCUACAGCAAAACGAGAGAGACAUAGAACUACAUUUUCUACAGGUUUCACGGCUGGAUGCGUUUUCUCUCUUAUAGUGGCUCUUGUCGCCAUCAUCCGUACCCGAAAUCUCUUGGAAAAAGAAGGCCAGAAGGAAUACAUGAAUACUAUGUUCCCUCUUUAUAGUUUAUUCGGGUUUAUCGUGCUGCACAUCAUCAUGUAUGCUGGUAAUAUAUACUAUUGGAGGCGAUACCGAGUAAACUAUUCCUUCAUAUUUGGGUUCAAGCAAGGUACUGAACUUGGAUACAGACAAGUCCUGCUUGUUGGUUUCAGCAUUGGAGUGUUUGCAUUGCUUUGUGUUCUCGCCAAUCUUGACAUGGAGGCAGACCCCAAAACGAAAGACUAUAAAGCCAAAACUGAACUUCUUCCUCUUAUCCUACUUGUUGCUAUGUUCAUGAUUCUAAUCCUGCCAUUCAACUACUUUUACCGCUCGAGCCGCUAUUUCUUCCUCACUUGUCUGUUUCAUUGCCUUGCCGCUCCACUUUACAAGGUUACAUUGCCUGAUUUCUUCUUGGGAGAUCAAUUAACUAGCCAGGUUCAAGCGCUUCGAAGCAUCGAGUUCUAUAUAUGUUACUAUGGUUGGGGAGACUUCGCAAAAAGAAAAAGCACUUGCAAAGAAUCUGAUGUCUACAACACUUUCUUCUUCAUUGUUGCUGUCAUCCCUUAUGUCUCACGCCUCCUUCAGUGCCUGAGACGGCUAGUUGAGGAAAAAAACCCGGAACAAGGGUACAACGGACUCAAGUACUUCUUGACUAUAGUGGCGGUUUGCUUGAGAACGGCUUACAGCAUCCAAAAAGGUCAAGUCGCGUGGAGGGUUUUAGCCGCUGUCUCCUCAUUUAUAGCUGCAAUAUUCUGCACUUGGUGGGACUUUGUCCAUGAUUGGGGUCUUCUAAACAGGAAAUCCAAAAACCGUUGGCUUCGAGAUAAACUCCUCGUUCCUCAGAAGAAAGUAUACUUCAUAGCCAUGGUUCUGAAUGUCCUGCUGAGAUUUGCGUGGAUCCAGACGGUUCUGGACUUCCACUUUUCCUUCAUGCAUAGACAGACGAUGGUUAGCAUUGUGGCUAGUCUUGAGAUCAUUCGUCGUGGUAUAUGGAACUUCUUCAGAUUAGAGAACGAGCAUUUGAACAAUGUCGGGAAAUACCGAGCUUUCAAGUCGGUUCCAUUACCGUUCAACUACGAUGAAGAUGAUGAUAAAGACGAUUAGUAGUUUCAGAAUACCCGUGAAUAUACAAUACUCUUUAGCUACCAAAGCCCAUUAAACUGUUUACACAGUCUCUCUUCUUCUUCUUUUUUGUUCUGUCAGAUGGUAACACAUAAGGUUCGAUCACUAGUGGUAAAUUCUCGUAAAAAAAAACAUAUUCUUCAGAUUGUUCAUUUCAGUCUAUAUGAUUCUUUCUAUUCAACU